AUGGCAUCAGCAGACCAACUUAUCGGAGCCCUGGAGGGCCUCGACGCGAACUCCUUCGUUAGCGAAGCAGAGCGCGUCCGUGCCAUGGACGCGCUGACCCUGGCCUUGAGCAAAGUACACAAGCCGUGGGACAUUGUUUGGCAGCACUGCUGGGUCAACCCGGCCACCAAUGCAUGCGUCAAGACGUUGAUUGACGCGGGUGUCUUCAGCAAAUGGAUCAAGACCGGAGGCGGAGAGAAAACUUGCGCGGAACUGGCUGAGUUAACGGGUAUCGAUGUUACAUAUCCGUUCUGCUUAACUCUUGAGGAGCAUUCUGACGGCGAUGCAGGACGCAUGAUUCGGCAAAUUUCUGGGCAGAAUCUUGUCAUCGAGACCGCCGAGGAUACCUAUAAACCUACACCGUGGGUACACGCUCUCGCUGAGGAUCAGGCCCUCGCCAACGUCUAUGGUGAAUUUUAUGGCUUCGUCAAUUCCCCCAUGUUCAGGACUUUGCCAGCCUACCUCAAGAAGACGGGAUACAAGGUCCCUACUAAUCCCAACGACUGCAACUGGCAAUUCAUGAGGGGCUCAGAUGAGAAUCUGUUCCAGUCCCUUGGCGCGAACCCUGCCGCCGCAAGGGAAUUUAAUGAUGCCAUGGAGAGUCACUCCAAGCAUAACUUGACGCCCUGGGUUGAUGUUUACCCAACUGAGACUCUUGUGAAAGAGUCCAAGCCUGACCGGCCCCUUGUCGUCGAUGUCGGUGGUAGCAAGGGCCACGACCUGACCAAAUUCCAUCUGCGCCACCCUAAUAUCCCUGAGGGCAGUCUGGUGCUCCAAGACCUGCCCGAUAUUCUCAAGGAGUUGACCAUUGACGACACCAUCUCUAUCCACCCUCAUGACUUUUUUAAACCACAGCCAGUGAAAGGUGCCCGUGCCUACUUCAUGCACAACGUACUGCACGACUGGGAAGACACAAAGGCGAAGCAGAUCCUUUCUCACCUUGCCGAAGCUAUGGAACCUGGGUACUCGAAGCUUCUCAUUCACGAAAGCUUGGUUAGCUCUGUGAAGCCGCUCGCUCGCGUGACAACGUCCGAUAUCACCAUGAUGGCGUGCCUUGGUGCGAAGGAGAGAACGGAGGCUGAGUGGCGGGCGCUGGUGGAGAGUUCAGGAUUGAAGGUGCUCAAGAUAUGGAGACCACGUCACUCUGUAGAAAGUGUUAUUGAGGCAGAACGGGUAUUGUAG